AUGAUUAAACGAACAACUGCUACAGUUGGCCGAUGUACAAUAUCGUUCAAAGCAGUAAUCGGACUGAGACUACGGGAAGUGGCAAGAUCCUUCAUUUUCAAAUUUGCCAUCGAUGACAUCAUGCGAAGAACAGACGAUCAAUAUCCUCCUGACAUCAUCUUGGCAACAUCAGUGUGUCCCUUGACCGAUUUCGAGUACACCGACGAUGAUGUUCUGCUCACGAAAAGCAGUGCCGAUAAUUCCACAUACUGUAAACUUAUAUCGAAGUAA